AUGGAUAACCAAAGAGAUUCAGUUCAGUAUUCUGUUCAGUAUUCUGAACUGAAUCUUCCCCCAAAGCCAAGGAAACAGCAAAGGAAACCGAAGGGCACUAAAAGCUCCGUUUCAGAAUGUGAACAAGAAAUAACCUAUGCGGAACUGAACCUUCAAAGAGAAGCUCAGGAUUCUCAAGGGGAUGGCAAAGCUUACCACUGCAAAGGUUUACCCUUCCCUCCAGAGAAGCUCAUUGCUGGGAUCCUGGGAAUCAUCUCUCUUGUCCUAAUGUUGACUGUGGUAACCGGACUUGUCAUUGCCUAUACUAAACCACAGAAGCAGAGCAAUUCUUCACAGACUAUCAGAACUCAGAAAGAAUAUCAAUGUGGUCAUUGUCCAGAGGAGUGGUUCACAUAUUCCAACAAUUGUUAUUACACUGGUAAGGAAUUAAAAACUUGGAAUGAGAGUUUGAUGGCCUGUGCUUCUAAGAACUCCACUCUGCUUUACAUAGAUAGUGAAGAAGAAAGGAAAUUUCUGGGAAUCCUGUCAGAGCAUUUCUGGACUGGAGUCUUUCGUAAGAGCAGUGGUCAUCCAUGGGUGUCGAUAAAUGGCUCAACUUUCAAACUUAAAAUAGUAGAAAUAAAAGGUGGUAAACGUAACUGUGCUGUGCUAACCUCACUUAGACUUCAGUCAGAUGAAUGUGGAUCUUCAAUAUGUUUUAUCUGUAAGCGAAAGCUUUGGAAGUAAAGCACCUGAGUUUGGAUUCGACUGUGCAGUUUUAUAUUUUGUGAAAUGGAAGUAUUUUUAUUGAAGAAGUCACGAUGAAUUGUUAUUUCUUUAUAA